CAGAGCACGCACUGUACACAACCCCUCUGCUUCUUUCAUUGUUGAAUUUCGCUUCCGUCAUCAGUUUGAGUAAGCAGAGAAGAAUAUAAGAUUUUUAUAAAAAUGGCGUGAAUAAAAUACCAAAUAUUACUAUACAAAUAUCCCACUUUUCUCUUUAUUCUUUUAUUUUUGGUGUCACAUUCUCGGGAACACGAUUUCCACAAUUUCAGUGAAAAUUGAAUUGGGCCAGGAAGGUUAGCUUGGUUAUGAGCUAUUCAGCUGCGUGGGUUUAUUGAGAAAUGCAGGAAAAAGAUAAGAUUUUGAUGUUUUUUCAUAGUACUUUUCAAUGGGUUUGGAGCUAAUUAAAUGCAUAUUUCCGUGCUUCAAUAAUCUGUCGCUUUGGGCUUUAAAUAAAUUAUGAGUUGCUUAGUUUGAGAUCAAGCUUUCAUAUGUUCUUUGGUUGCUGAAAAGAUGUUGAUUUCCAAGAGUAAACUUUAAUCAAGUUCAUCGAUAGGCAUGUAUAAGAACCAAUUACAAGAGUUGGCUCAGAGAAGCUGCUUCAAUUUGCCAUCUUAUGCAUGCAUCCGAGAAGGACCAGAUCAUGCCCCUCGAUUCAAAGCUACUGUCAACUUCAAUGGAGAUACUUUUGAAAGCCCUUCCUUUUGCUCUACGCUCAGACAGGCUGAGCAUGCUGCUGCAGAGGUGGCACUCAACACACUGGCAAAUAGAGGCCCUUCUAGAGCAUUAGCUGCAAGGGUAUUGGAUGAAACUGGAGUUUAUAAAAACUUGCUUCAGGAAACUGCUCAUAGAGCUGGGUUGAACCUUCCUGUUUAUACCACCAUUCGUUCUGGACCAGGUCAUGUUCCUGUAUUCUCAUGUACAGUUGAGCUAGCUGGGCUGAGCUUUACUGGGGAACCAGCCAGGACCAAGAAACAAGCACAAAAGAAUGCUGCGAUGGCUGCUUGGUCAGCCCUGAAAAGAUUGGCUCAACAUGGCUCAUCUUCCUCUUCUUCUGUGGAGUCUAAAAGCAAUGAAGAACAGGAACAAGUCACAAUUGCUCGUGUUCUUGCUAGUUUAAAUCCAUCAGAGUCUACAAAUUAUACACGGAAUGAUCAUCGACAAAGGCAACAGCAAUGCAUUUCCAUGUGCAGAAAAUCAACCUUGCCUGGAGCAAGUUUGUAUCCUAUGCAAUUCCAUAACUGGGCAUACCCUAGUUAUUCCCCUGAAAUAGCCAUGUACAACUUGUGGCAGCAAGAACAAUUAUUACUGCAGCAAAACCGCCUGUUGGCACUUCCAAUUUCACCAUCAACUCCAUCGAUUCCUCCAAUAUUUCCAUUUAUGCAAUCUGUGCUUCACCCAGAUCACUGUUUAUACUUUCCAGCCAUGGAGCAAGAGUCUACCUCUGUGGGACCGAGAAUUACAAUUGCAACGUCAGCCCCAUCAAUCUGCUUUUCUGACCAUUUUGUUCCUAAUCCAACCAGGGGCAGGUCAACAGUGACUAUUCAAGAGAUACAAGAGGAAAAAACAGAAGAAGCACCUGAGUAUUCUACAUCUGUAGUUUCGAUUCCGUUUCUCUUCAGUAACAGCAAUUCUGAACCACAAGUCCAGGAACCUGUUCAGGAGGAAUACAGACAGAGAAGGUUUGGUGAUGGGAGGUCAAAAACUGGAAAUGUGAAUGUAGAAGGGAAUCAAACGGGGCAAUUUGAAUGGGCUUGUCCUAGGAUCAUGGAUUCUGAAUUUAAGCCAGUUGACUUCAGAUUGCAAAAUCCACGUGGUAUUGACUCUUCUAGGCCCAGUCUCAGACACCAACAAUAUCCUCCCAGAGUGAAUUCCCCAGGAAGUUUAAGGCCACCAUCUUCCACGACUCCUGUGAUGAACAGAACUGUGUGGUCCACAUCUUCAAUGUGUUCCAGACCACAAAAUUUGCCAGCCCGGAUGCCAGUUCUGCCAAAAAUGAGAACUGGAGGCCCUUCAUGUUCAGCCAGACCCAUCCCUGAAAGGACGGAACUUGGAGGAGUAAGAAAUAGUUUUAUGGCACCAGCUGUCCGGAUUAGGUCAGUUGUACCAGUAUGUUCUGCUCCACCACCAAGAAAACUGCCUAGUUCCAGCCAGGAGGGAGUGCCACAAAACCUGGAUAAGAAAAAUGCAGAUCAUAACGAUCUGUCAAAAGCAAAUUUAGAGCUUGGUAAGCUUCAAAAAUGAUGCCCAAGUACAGAUACUAUACAGGUCUUUCCUUUUAGUUUUUGAUAGUUUCGACGUGAGAAAUAUGGUGGUUGAUAAGCAGCUAAUGCUUCGGCAAAGUGAUUAGAAUAAAUGAUAUGUCUGUGUAUAAAUUGGGAAGUUAUAUUUUUGAUCUUAAUCAGGAAUGAAACAUUCAUUCUGAUUUUUACUAUCUACAAGUGAUAUUUUUUUUAUCUGAAGAGGCUUCAUCAA